UUCCUAAGCUACUCCACUUGCUAGUACGCUUCACUUCCUGUAAAAAGGAAAAAGAAAAAAAAGCUCCAUUGCUCUCUCAGUCUCUCCUCUUCUCUCUCCCGCUAAAACGUAAAACCCUAAUUAUCAGUUUCAAUUCUUGGCUAAGAAAAACCUUCAGAAUGGGAUUAAAAAACGUCAGGUCAGAGGCUUCGAAGAAAGCCGAUCGCAAAUUUGAGAAGAAACUCGAGUUUUAUUCCAAAAUCAGGGAGACUGUUGCAUCAUUAAGUGCUAAGAAGAAAAUUGAGAAGAAGAGCAAGAGUGCAAGAAGGCGACAAAAGAAAGUGAAAGCAUAUGACCUAUCCCACCUACAUGAGUUCUUGCCUGAGCUGAAAGAACAACAGCAACCUGCUCUUCCACCUAAAGAAGUGAACUGCAAAUCCAGACAUAAAUUAUUAUUGAAGGAGGCAAAACAAAUGACAACAGUCCUAAGUCACCCAGUUUUCCAAUUAGAUCCACUUGCUGCCAUACACCAGCACCUGCAGAACACCCAACCAGCUCCUGAAAUAAAACCUGUAAAGAAGUCUAAAGACGAUGCAAAGAAAAAAAGAAAGAAGAAAACAAAAAAGUCUUCAGAACCACAGUCCAUGGAGAUGUGAAAUGUCAAAUUUGGGUCCGUCAGUAUCAAUCCCUCUGAAGGCAGGCGUUGUUGAGAGAUCAAUCUUCGCGGGUACUAUGAUCAGUAAGAUGAGUGGUUCUGUCAUUAUCUGAUAUAAUAUUUGCUUACUUGACUUAUUUGGUAGUUUAAUCAUCUUAUAUGUCGAAUGCCGAUGAGGAUAUAGGGCAAUAUAACUCAACCACACCAAUUUUUUUUUGUUUAUUACCUAUUUUAAGUGGGUAGAUAUUGAAAUGUCCUUAUUUCAUAAGGAUUGCGAUUAAUGUAUGACUGAAAUUUUGUAUGUAGAUCCCAAUUAAAGAUGUUUUAUUCAAAAACAAAUCUGGAAUAUAAAUUAGUUGACAGUUUGA